AUGGUGGAGUUGCCCCCUAGCAUAGUGGAGCUUCAACGAACUUCCGAGUUGAUGUUGGCGGAGAUCCAGACCAGAAUCGCGGAAUUGGGCAAAUUGUACAAGAAGAACCUGCUUCCCGGGUUCUCAGAUACCACCGAGGACGAUGCUAAGAUUAAAGAGCUGUCAUUUAAUAUCACCAAAAAGUUCCAAUUGAUGUACGCCGAGAUCAAAACUUUGGACGAUUCACGAUUGCGGUUCAGCAAGAAGUCCGAAACUGUCAUGGUUGAUAAUCUGAAGAAGAGUUUGGCCAUCAGAACCCAGGACCUGUCCACCCAGUUCAGAAGUCUCCAGAACAGCUACAUCCGGUACUUAAAGGAGGACGAUUUCGAGAUCCCGCUGGUCAACACCAAAGACAAUGACAACGCAUUCAUCGAGACGGAAUCGAACGAAAACAUCGAGUCGUACUCUCGCCAGGCCAUGCAGGAGUCCUCGCAGCAACUGAUGUCGCAACAAGAAACAAUCACCGACGAGUAUCUCCACCAACGAGAACAGGAGAUCUACAAGAUCGCGCAAGGAGUGGUGGAGAUCUCCACCAUCUUCAAAGAAUUGGAAAACAUGGUGGUAGACCAAGGAACAGUUCUUGAUAGAAUCGACUAUAACCUCCAAAAAACAGUUACUGACGUUAAGGGAGCAGACAAACAGAUGAAGAAGGCUGAAAAAUACCAAAAGGCCACGACCAAGUGCAAGAUUGUGUUUUUCCUUGUGUUGAUGAUUCUUUUGUUGUUAAUGCUUCUUCUGGUCAAACCGAAAAGAGUUGACCAUUACUACGAGUCCAAACCAAAACAGCCGGCAACGGACCCUGAACCUACGCCCCAGCCAACAGCGGCCCCACAGACAGAGAGCCUGGACGACUACGAAUCACUUAUAGCAGAAAGCGGAUAA